AUGUUUGGAUCCCCUGGACGUAGUACAACCAUCAAUAACAAUCCCGACACUGCUACUGACAUUACUCUCUUGAAUCUCGGUGAUUGUUUGAAGAAACAAUGGGAGAUUCAUAAUCGAUCAGUAAGAACAUCCUCCAAUGAUGAUGAUGAACUUCAUGAAGAAACAGAAGUUGAUGAUCCAUCGUUCCUGACGCCAAUCCGUGAAUGCAAUGUUGACGACCAGUACGAUAAUGACAGUGCACUCGUCAAACGUUGGAUUAUUUCAGAUCAACAAGAAGGAAAGAAAAAACAUUUAUUCAAUGAUGGCGAUUGUACAACAUCAAACACCUCACAACAACAUGACACUCUCGCAAAUCUUCUUGAAUUGAUCCGUCAGCAUCUCGAUGACAAUUCUAAAUAUGAUAUUUUGGAAUACAUUCCUACCUAUUCCAAAUGGGCUGUGUUUCAACAAGAAGGAUCUUAUCAAAAGUAUCUACGUGCGAUCAAGUAUCCCUUCCAUGAUGCUUCACAAAAAACUUUACCACAUCAUCUCGAGUAUCAUCUUGACAUUCCUUUCGUGACUUUUCACAAAAUGAGAUUGAUUUGCAAACGAUUCAAUACACGAAUGAUGAGACGAAUUUUACAAACCACAGAAUUGUGCUUAUUUUCCUUAGAUGAACAUACCUUGCCAUAUAUUGCAACGUUUUUGAGAGUGCAACGAUUGUUUAAAGAAAACAAGGAUCGGCUCGCAACCGAAGUUAUUUGCUUGUAUGACGAUCGACAACAUUUACAUAUGGAAACGAGUGUUGGUCACGUUGCAUCACAUAAUCUUUUUGGAGCAUCACCAUGUAACCAGUUACAACUCAAGGAUCGAAACUUUUGCUCCAAUUUGACACAUUCUUUGAAAACUGGCUCAGUGAAUACAUUCUGCUUUGGUUCAUCAGAAAGCGCUACAGAUGUUGCUGCAACUAUGGUUCCAUCAAGUCCAAUAAUGAACAUCUCAAAGAAUGAAAAAGAUGAACAUCAAAAUUCAAAUGCUUCUCAACAACCAACAUUCGGCUUUAGUUUUGGCGAAUCUGUACCGACAGGUUCAUCUUCGGUGGAUCAGCCAACAACCUUUGACCAAACGACUACUACUAGUGCUACUUUUAGUUUUUCUUUUGGUUCUACCAAUGAGAAUGACCAAGAGAAGGACAUGAAUCAACAAUAUAGGACAUUAUCGGAUGACGAAAAUGAAUAUUCAACAACAAAAGCACCCACAACGAGUGAGAAUGACAGUGGUGUGAAUAUUUCAUCGACAGCGUCUGUUUUUCACGGCCUUUCAAAUUCUACCAUCAAUGCUGCUGCUAAUGGUGUUGAUAGUGUUUCUGCUUCGAAUACGAAUGCUCACAUUUCUCAUGAUUGUAUGAAAUCCAAGUAUGAAAUGAAGGCCAAAAUUGGUUUUGGCUUUUGGAAUGAAUCUACAGGAAAAUCAUCCUAUGUUCCGUGUGUGGAAGAAACGAUUAACCAUUAUGCUGAGUCCAGUAUUGAAGAGUCUGUUUGUUCCCUGUUCAUUGGGGAUAAUACGACUCUGCAAUCCUUGAUCAUUCACACUCCCUCAAGUGAGGCAUUCUCCAUUACCAGUAUAUUGAGCUGUUUGAAAGCAUUGAAACAUGUCGUCAUUUGGACGGCGAAUGCAAAUGUGAAUUUCACACAUGAGUGUGUAAAGAAGGUAGUACUCGUCAACUCAAAAUGUAAGGCCGAUCUUGUGAACUAUCUUCCAAAUGUGGAGAAAAUCGUGCUCUAUUCGUGCAGUAUGGACGAUACUGUGACUCCAUUUUCAUUUGGAAUCGCAUCAACAGUUACACUCCAAGGGGAAGCAUUUGAAACAACUAAUGGUAGCGGCAUCACUGAAUUAUUACAAGAAUUCGAUCCAAGAAUUGCCAUGAAGAUCAUUGAAAAAACCACCAAAAAUCAAAAAGGUGUUGGCUAUUCAUUUAACGGAUCUUCACAAUUAUUGUUGAAAGACAUUUUAAAACUAGCUUCUGACGUUGAUAUUGAAAAAGCAAAACAAUUCAUUUCGUACGUGAUUAAGGAUUUGAGAGUACCUUGUCAAGAUUUGAACUUGUGUGAAUUAUCUUUUAAUUCAUUGACUGAUCAAUGUAUUGCACAGUAUAUCGUUUAUUUAUGUAACGAGUAUCAAGGAGGAAGAUUAUUGAGAGUACCAGGAUUGCAUGACAGAGGAUCUGAAGAAUUUUUGUUGUUGUUAUUGAGCUAUGGAUGGAAUUGUUGGAAACAGAAAGAUGAGUUGAUUUACAUGAUGUGCUCAUGGAUUACCAAGCACCACUACAUUUUGGAAUUUUUAUUACGAAAUUUUUACAAUAAUUGGGAUGUGGAUGCCUUAUACUCAUUGAUGGUACACUGUUGCCGGCGUAAAAGAAUACGAGCUCUCGAUGCCAUUCUCUCAUACUGUUUAGUGAACAAGGAAGAAGUAUUGAUGAAAGCUCUGACGAUGCCUGUGAAAUGUUUACACAUUCCUUCAACAUGGGAAAUGAGAGCGGCCUCUGUUGACACUUGUACAACUCCACUCCUCGGAUUAGUCAUUCAAUAUUGUGCCCAAUCCUAUGGUGGAUUCUUGAUGCAACGAAUAAUUGAAAGAAUGAGCCAAGAACAAUUUGAUAGUCUUGGAGCAAAUGAAAAUGGUGAUAACAUUCUUCAUUUGUUUGCUUUCGCUGUGAAUUCGACGAAAAUGAGUGGAUCUCUUUUGUUGACACUCAUUCGAAAAGCACCUCAUUUACUUCGAGCUGAAAAUUCAAAGAAACAGACUCCAUUAAUGAUGAUUCAACUGCCUGAAUCGUUUUUGGAACGUUGUAUCGAGCAAGAAUUGGGAAUUGAAGGGCCAUUGGAGUGGAAUCGAGAAACGCUCGAAGUGUCAAGUACUAUGUCUUGCCAAAUUGAAACAACAACAACCAACAACAAUAGAAGAGUACUAAAAGCAAGAAGAAGCAAAAAGUGA